GCUCUCACACACACACAUACAUGUCUCUCUGUCACACGCACACACAUGCACACACACACACACCUCUCUCUCACACACACACACGCACAUACACAUACAUGUCUCUCUCACACACACAUACGUCUCUCACACACAUACACACUCACGCACACGCACACACACACUCACACCCACAUGUGUUGUGUAACUGCACGUUGUGUUCUGCUGACACACCUGUGCAUGGGUGGCCAGAUCUGGAGCAGGUAUGCAGUGGCCAGGUGCUUCUCGUGUGGGAGUGGGGAGGGGCUUUGGCUAAUGGCUCUCUCUCCUGCAGGUGUGGUGGAGACAGACGGGCCUCUGAAAUACGAGGGGACGUUUGGGAACACAGUGUCGGGGAAGCUGGAGGGGGGGGUGGGACAGAUGAACGUGAACUUGGAGGGGAAGGGCAUGUGUAAUCUGCAGUUCUCCUUUGGGAACCUGAAGAAGCAGAAAGUGGACAUUUGUAAACUGCUGGAGGCCUCCAGAGAUAGGAUGCUGAACCUGAAGCAUGGGCUGCUGCGGCAGGUGCAGGGGCGGGGCCGGGGGCGGGGCCAGGGGCGGGGCCGACAGGCGGUGCUGACCGUGCUGAAGGAGCGGAUCGUCUCCACCCAGUCCUGCUCCAUCUCCCAGCAGGUGCAGGGUCUGGGCAGCUGCUCCGCCAUGCUGUCCCUCAUCGCACCCACAAACGUAAAGGUGAGUGUGCAGGAGAAUGGCAGCCUGCAGAAGGACUGCAGCAUCUCCCUGGAGAUCCCAGAGGGCACCGUCCUCGCCUACAGCGUGAUGGAGCUGCACGUGCAUCCCGAUGGCCAAUACGAGCUCUGUUUGCAGCCGGACACUCUAGGGGGGUGUGAGGUGGAUGGGCCGAUCAGGGGGAGUGAAGAAGAGUGGGGGCCGAAAGACGGGGAACAGCCAAUCAGCAUCUUGCAGAAAGAACUCUCCGCACUGCAGGCUCAUUUCCAGUGCCUAGCAACCCUCCCUGCCCCGACCCGGUCCAGUCUGUUCCGGAACCUUCAGCAGGUUCUGCAUGACCGACCCGCAGUCAGUGUGCUUCAGAACGCGGUGGAGGAGCUGAUGGAGGGAGGUCCCUGCUCUUUGAAAGAGCUGGAGGAGUUGACUCCCUGUCAGCAGCAGUGGGCCAGAGGGGUGUUGGACCUGCUUCAGAACGCCCCGCCCCCAAGCCCUGCCCUCCUCACCUCCGUACACCUGCUGCUCAGCGCUGUGGAGGAGAUGAGUGAUGCUGGUCUGGUUCACCUGAGUACCUGCUGUUCUCCUACUGUGCUGAAGUCCCUGCAGGACCUGGUGAAUGGUGGCAUGGUGAACGGGGAGUCGGCCCUGGCUGAUGAGGGGGUGUGUCAGAGGGCGGAGCUGCUCUUCUCCUCCUCCAAUAUGGUGCUGAAGAUGGGCAGGCUGGAGGUGGAGUCAGGAGCCCAGCCGGGGCUCCGCCCCCUCUUCUUGUGCAUCGCCGUGCAAGGCCUGGCCACUCUGUGUACCGGGCUUUAGAGAGAGAGAGAGAGUGUGUGUGUGUGUAUGUGCGUGUGUGUGCGUGUGUGUGUGUGUGUAUGUGUGUGUAUGUGUGUCUGUCAGUGCCUGUGUGUGUGUGCGUGUGUGAGAGUGUGUGAGUGCAUGUCGUCUACGUGUGUGUGGGGCUGUGUGUUUGUACGUGUGAGUGUGAUAACCUCAUAAAUAACCUUAUUAUAUCAUUUUUGCAUGACGGAUAUGACAUAUGAGAAGAAUGUUUUUAACUCUUUUGUACUUUUUUCUGAAAAUGAUCAUUCAUACAGUAAUGUUGCAACACAUUGUCUAAUCAUGUUUUAUUGCACUUAUAGAAAUGAUAUGAUUAGAGCUCAGAACAAUUUGAAUCCAAGUCUGACUCUGCUAUUUGAAGAAGGUUUCUAUUAGAAUUAUGGUUUUUAAAUGUAUGUUGUUCUCAGUAAUGUGUCAUGAAUUUAAAUGAGAAAAUUAGAAAACAAAAAAUCUGCCUCUCAAGAAGCACUUUUCAUAAAUAUAUAUUUAUUUUAUCCAAUUUCUGUUUCUUUAUUCAGAUGCAUAGCUGCUAUACGGUAUAUACCAGUGCUAAAAGCUGACAGAAUAUCUGAAUUCUCAUUUAAAUUCUUGACGCAUGUAUAUAUUUUUAUAUUUUUUUAUAUUUAAAGCAAAGUUUAUAGCAGUUUUUACACUCGAUGUGUGCACUGUUCAUAUUUACCGUUUGCUGUCAGUCUUAAAUGUCUUUUAAACGGCUGUCCUGUGAAAAUGUCAUCUUAAUUUAAAUAUUGUUCUCGUGCGACUGGCACCCCAGAAAAUGCCACGUUUGGUGUCCUAAAAACACACACCGGAGAGGACCUGUCUUUUGGAUGCUAAACAAAAAUAUGAAAUGCAUUGACUGAUAUUCCUGUGCUUCCUUAAAAAUGUUUUUAAAAACACUGAGACAGUUGUCGGUUGAGGUGUACUUAUGCAAAACGUUAAGUUUUUAUUUUUUUAAAGUUAAGAUCCAGGACCUUUUUUCUCUUUUCAAUGCACAGAAUAUCUUUAAAACCUCCCUCUAGGCUCUGUCGAGGUAUACCAAAUCAACGGGCCUCAUCUGCUCUAUGAAUGUGAAGGGGAUGUACUCAAAGCCACCGACUCCGUUAAACUUGUAGGCCAACUUUUGUGAAGUUUUUACGGUUUAAAAUAUAUAUAUAUAUUUUAUUUUUUUAUUUUUUUUAACGAAAUGCAUGUAUUUAAAGAACAUAUGCACAAUUAAGCUGCCAUGACAAUUUCAAUAUUAUUUACACAUUAUUUACAUGUAUGAAUAUUAAUGUAUGCAUGUACUAAAUAUAUGCUGUCUGAAUUAAAAACGGUUUGACCACA